CUAUAUAUAUAAUUGUAGUGAGAGCGAGGAGGUGGUGUUGUGGAAGCAAUGGGUUAUGGAAGGGCGUUGCUCUGGUUCUAUGGUUUGUUUUUGGUUUUAGCUAUAGAUGGAGGGAGUGUGAUGGGACUGUCUAGAUGCAAAUUUCCGGCCAUUUAUAACUUUGGGGACUCCAACUCAGAUACAGGAGGUAUAUCAGCCGCUUUCCUACCUGUCCCACCUCCCAACGGUGAAACCUUCUUUCAUAAGCCUUCGGGGAGGGUAUGCGACGGUCGCCUCCUCAUUGAUUUCAUUGCUGAGAGCUUAGGUUUACCAUCCCUAAGUGCAUAUCUAGAUUCCAUUGGAACAAAUUUCCAACAUGGAGCAAAUUUUGCAACGGGAGGAUCAACAAUUCAGCCACAGAAUCUGAGCUUGUUCACAGGAGGUUUCAGCCCUUUCUCUCUUAAUGUUCAACUUUGGCAGUUCUCCCAAUUUAAAAUGCGCACCAAUGAGCUCUAUCAACAAGGCAAUACUAGUAUUAAAUGUAAUCUCCCAAAACCUGAAGAUUUCUCCAAGGCUCUCUACACAUUGGAUAUCGGACAAAAUGACCUAGCAGCUGGUUUUCAGUCGAUGACAAAUGAUCAAGUGCUUGCAACAAUUCCAAACAUUCUUGAUCAGUUCUCUCAAGCUAUACAACAACUUUACCAACUGGGAGCAAGAGCAUUCUGGAUACAUAACACGGGACCUAUUGGCUGCUUGCCUUACUCAGUGAUAUACUAUCCUUUAAAGCCUCGUAAUCUCGAUCAAAACGGGUGUGUGAAACCUCAGAAUGAAGUGGCUCAAGAGUUCAAUAGGCAGCUCAAGGAUAGAGUUUCCCAACUGAGAGGAAUACUUCCACAAGCAGCAUUAACCUACGUUGAUGUUUACUCUGCAAAAUAUGGAUUGAUCACCAACGCUAAGAAGCAAGGAUUCGUUGAACCAUUGAAGUUCUGCUGUGGGCAUCAUGAAGAUGGGGGAUACCACGUAGACUGCGGAAAGAAGGCUGUUGUGAAUGGCACAGAGGUUUACGGUGCUUCUUGUGGUAAUCCGUCCAUGUAUGUCAGCUGGGACGGCGUGCACUAUUCUCAUGCUGCUAACCAUUGGAUUGCGAACCGCAUUCUAAAUGGUGCUCUUUCUGACCCACACCUCGUAAUUACCCAUGCAUGUCAUAGGUCUCCUCGCUGAAAAACCAUUUCCAUUUCGUUUCAUGCAAGCAAGUCGUGCAAGGAGUAAGCUAAACAGUAUCACAACCGUUGGUUGGACUUGGAUACUAAAUCUUGUAAUAACCUAGUUUUACAAGUUAAUAACUAAUUACUUUUUAUCUA